AUGGAACAUUGUGUCGAUUUACUAGCAGGAGAUUAUAAGGCCCAUGGUGUGUGGAGGGAUGUAUGGUGUGGAGCCAGACAAGGCUUCAUAUGCGAAAAGGAACGAGAACCUUCAGUCAGCACCACAAUUGCACCAAGCACUGAGGAAUCGAACCAUCACACUUUUCUGACACCUGGAAACAGGUUCAGCACCCUUGCCACACCAACAUUACUUGAAAGAACCUUAUUGACCCCAUAUGUCACUAAAAGCACAUCCGUACUACCUGGGUAUAGUGAAAACAACUGGAACCUUGAGAGUAACCUUGAGAGUACUAAAGUCGCACCAACCUAUAGUAGGAAUACGUCUCCAGUAGUAGGAUUUAGUACCAUAUACCCAGACAAGCUGCAUUAUGAUGGAACCACCGCAGUACCAUCACGGUAUACGGACAGCACAAUUAAGAUGGUUCCACAAUAUGGUACCAGCAACAAAGAGGAACCUCAAUAUAGUGGAAGCACAUCAGUACGACCAAUGUAUACUAAUAGCAAACUUGGUGUGGUACCAAUAUAUAGCACCAGCACAGGCGAACCACGAGAUAUGAGAACCACCUCAGUUAUACCAAGCUAUAUUGACUUCAGUUUUGGGGUGGUACCAAGAUAUAGCACCAGCACCACAUUACAUGAACCACGUAAUAGUAGAAGCACCUUGGUAACAUAUCGACAUACUAACAACGAACCUGAGGUACCAUUCUAUAGCACCAUCAUACCAGGAAGCACAUUAGUGCCACCAAAACAAAUUAUAAGCACAUCAAUCGUAAACACUUAUGGUUCAAGUGUACCAGCAUCGCGGGUUGAUGGAAACACCUUUCCAACACCAAGCUAUGAGGGCACCACGGAUUCAUCAGGGUCUGGCGAAGGAACUGGUGUUACGUCACAUCCGGUGACAUAUGACACUAGCGAAAGCACUGCAAUCACAAUUCAUUCAACGCGAUCUAGCAAUUCUGAAAGUACAUUAUUGACACCGAGUAGCCAGGAAACACCCAAAGGUCAAAACACUGUGGCACCAACACCAAACACUCUAUCAAGGCACAUAACACUUUCUGUCAGUUUCCAAACCACACGAUCAAAGCACAUCACGUCUGUCUUUACACCUGUUUCAGGUGUGGGGCUAUCAAACCACCGAACAGAUGAGCUAUCAACGAUAACUGAUUUAUCGUCACUUAUUGUGUUCCUAACGAGUGACCUAUCCAGCUUCCUAUCUAGUCCAUCCACCCAACGACCACCCGGUACCACGUCUGACGUCAUCCAGACAAUGGUAAAAACGAGCCCACCGCUGCCACCAAUUGCAACGUCCGGACGAAUUUGGAGUUCGUUGAAUACACCAGUUGGAUCAACCGUUCUGCAGAGUACGAAGGCAUUGAGUGAAUUUGAAUCCGGCGGUAAGACAGCUAGGCCUCUGUCAAGUUUUGUAAGCACAACCCAAUCUGCCCAGGAUUUUUAUCUCUCUGUCACCUCCCUCCUUUCCUCUUCGGGAGCACCCUCCGUUACAACUUGGUUCACCAUCCCUGAACUCACUUCCGGUGCAUCAAGCUUUGGUGGGCCAAACUUGAAAACCACUUCCUGGAUCACAAUACCGACUGGCUCGAAAAUGACACAUUCUAGAGUAGCUUCUGGAGAUAGCCUUCAGAGUCUGGAAUACCCGUCGACCUUUAUUUCUCCUGCACGCACAUUAGGAGUUUCCGUUGCCACUUCUAAAUACCCAUCCAUCUCAACAGUACCUGCAACACAUGAGAAUCGUUCAGUACAUAGCCAUGUCCUUACUGCUUUUCCACCAGAAAACAACACGUCGACAGUCAUAUCCACUAAGGACACGAUGACAACAUCAACAGCCGUCUCCUUGGAGCGGUCAACAACGGCUUCAAUUCCGAAAGCAUCUCAAGGCACAACAUCAGCUGUCCCUGAUUCGACAACUUCUAUGCCCUCUAUAACUUCAUCUCUGGCACCCUCCUCCUCCUCCUCAUCAUACCCUAAAUUGUCCCUGUCGUCAUCAGCUUUCUCCGCAACUUCGACAACCCUUGAUUGGUCGACAGCACAACCGACACCGUUGUACAUAUCCCCGUCGUAUUCGCUUCCGGUGACCUCAUCAUGGACACCUACCCCGAGCCUCCAUUUUACUACGCCUCCAUCAACGUCCACAAACGCACAACAAUCGUAA